AUGUCGAACCGCCUCAGCGAUGCUAUGAACAAGUUAAACGUCGACUCGUCGCGGAACUCUCUUGCUCGCCCUGCGAGCACUGCGACCGGCAAGCGGCAAUCUGGUCUCGACCCGUCCACCAUUAACGCAAUGUUCCCGGAUGCCGCUGCAGCCAUUGCUACCGAGAAAGCCAAGUUUACACAACAGACCGGCAACCCUCCCUCAUCUAACCGUAAUAGCGCCGUGGGUGAUUCCCGCCAACCCCUGGCUGCCCCGACCAUUGCCACCCCUGGUGACAACCACGAUUCCAAUAGCCAGAACCAGUCAGGUCAGGGAUCCAAACCCCACGGUGGCCAGCCACCCAUGGGCCAAUUCGUUCAGCCGCCCCCGUCAGCUGGUUUGCGAUCCCCUCGUCCGCAAAUUUCGGGCAAUCAGAACAUUCAGAACACCACCUUGACAACCAGUGACAAGCCUGCAGACCUGCCCCUCCUAUCCCCUUACAACCCCAGUGGUGGCAACUGGGCUUCGAUGGUCAACACUCCGCUUGUAGCUAACUUCAACGCCAGCAACAGCGGCACGCAGGCGGACAUGGUCGCAAACGCUACAGCAAUGAAGUUAGCGGCAUUGUCAACUGUCAACAACCGCUUUGCCCUUGAUGAUGUCCGCAAGUAUCGCCGUGCCCGUUCCAACGACGCGCCGGGCGCUCCCGGCCAGCAAGGGAUGCCCCAGAACAAUCAGGGCGUCAAUUUCCCCGGUGCCAAUGUCGUCAUGAUCAACGAGCAUGGUCAGGUUCUCAGCCGCGAGCAGAUGCUUGCUCUGCAGGCUCAGAACAUCGGCUUUGGCCAGCAUCGGUCUCGGCCCAGUUCCCCUGGCAUCGCAAUGCAGCCCGGCAGCGGCUUUGGGCCUAUGGCUUUUGCAUCGCCUCAAAACAACGGUUUUCUGAGUGCCUACGACGGCGCUUCUCCACUCCUCAACAGCGGUAUUCCUUCCGUGAAUGUGGGCCAGCUGGGCAUGGGCAGCCAUGAGGGUUAUUUGUCGGAUCACUCUGACAUGGUUCGCGGCCGCUCCCCCCGUGGACGGAGAGGCAGCUCAAAGCCGCCUGAAGACCCAACGGACCCAACCUUGUUGCAGGAUAUUCCAAGCUGGCUGAGAAGCUUGCGGUUGCACAAGUACACUGAGAACCUGAAGGACAUGAAGUGGCAUGAGUUGAUCGAGCUUGAUGACAAGGCCCUGGAAGACCGCGGGGUCAACGCUCUUGGAGCUAGGCGGAAGAUGUUGAAGGUUUUUGAGCAAGUCAAGGAGGCCAAGGCUGAAGGCAAAAUUGCUUGA